UAACAGUGGAUUUAAAAGUAAAAUAUUGGUUUAACGCCAGUAUAAAUGUCUGUGUGUCUAUAUGUACCACCCCCAGCAUUCCGAGAAUGGACUCGUCCGUCGUUAGGCCUUUGCAGUAGGGAGUUGUUUGGCGUAUCCCGCAAGUUUUUUUUAACUUUACAUGUUAUUGUUGUUUCUCUAAGGAAGGCCAAAUUCUCAAUUUUCACCUACACUUGCCCCCUCGUUCACUUGGCGUUUAGACGGACCUUAAAAACAAAGUGUUUCGGGGCGCGGUACUCAACUAGAGAGCCGAAGAAGGAAGGAAGGAAGGAAGGGAGGCAUCGGUGACUCGGACUGACCACGGCGGAGCUUAUGAUGCCGACGUUGCGGGACAGCACCAUGUCCCACCCCGGCGAGAAUUCCCACCAAGUCCGGGUGAAAGCGUAUUAUAAAGGGGACAUCAUGAUCACUCACUUUGAGCCGUCCAUCUCAUACGAGGGUCUGUACGGGGAGGUGAAGGACAUGUGCUCCAUGGACAAUGACCAACUCUUCACCAUGAAGUGGAUCGACGAGGAAGGUGACCCCUGCACCGUGUCGUCUCAACUGGAGCUGGAAGAAGCUCUGCGUCUCUACGAACUCAACAAAGACUCAGAGCUCAUUAUCCAUGUGUUCCCAUGUGUACCGGAGAAACCUGGUAUGCCGUGUCCGGGGGAAGACAAGUCUAUAUAUCGGCGUGGAGCGAGGCGCUGGAGGAAGCUUUACUAUGCCAGUGGUCACGCCUUUCAGGCCAAGCGCUUUAACAGGCGAGCCCAUUGUGCCAUCUGCACAGACCGCAUCUGGGGUCUGGGAAGACAAGGCUACAAAUGCAUCAACUGCAAACUGCUGGUGCACAAGAAGUGUCAUAAACUGGUCACAGUGGAGUGUGGCAGACAGAUGAUCCAGGAACCAAUCAUGCCCGGCGCGCCACCGAGUGAAUUAGACUCAAUUGAACAGCCAGGCCCUCCGUAUAAAGGCUCCAGAGAAAGCUUGCCUAUCGACGAGGAAGAGCCGCGGUACACGGGGAAAUCGCCUUGCAGCCUGGGCCUGGCAGACUUUGAUCUUCUGAGGGUGAUUGGCCGAGGCAGCUACGCUAAGGUGCUGUUGGUGCAGUUGAAGAAGACGGAACGCAUCUACGCCAUGAAGGUUGUGAAGAAAGAGCUGGUCAAUGACGAUGAGGACAUUGACUGGGUCCAAACAGAAAAGCACGUUUUUGAGCAGGCAUCCAAUCACCCCUUCCUGGUCGGCCUCCAUUCCUGUUUCCAGACAGAAAGCAGACUUUUCUUUGUUAUUGAAUAUGUGAACGGUGGAGAUCUAAUGUUCCACAUGCAGAGACAAAGGAAACUCCCAGAAGAACACGCCAGAUUCUACUCCGCAGAGAUCAGUCUGGCGCUCAACUAUCUCCACGAACGGGGAAUCAUCUACAGAGAUCUGAAGCUCGACAACGUGCUGCUGGACUCUGAAGGACACAUCAAACUGACAGACUACGGCAUGUGCAAGGAGGGCUUGAGACCGGGCGAUACAACAAGCACGUUCUGUGGUACACCCAAUUACAUCGCCCCCGAAAUACUUAGAGGAGAGGAUUACGGGUUCAGUGUGGACUGGUGGGCGCUGGGCGUGCUGAUGUUUGAGAUGAUGGCAGGCCGGUCGCCCUUCGAUAUCGUCGGGAGCUCUGAUAACCCAGACCAGAACACAGAAGACUACCUCUUCCAAGUAAUAUUGGAAAAACAGAUCCGAAUCCCCCGCUCGUUGUCAGUCAAAGCCGCCAGCGUCCUCAAGGGCUUCCUCAACAAGGAUCCCAAGGAGCGUCUAGGCUGCCACCCUCAGACAGGCUUUGCCGACAUCAUGGGCCAUCCAUUCUUCCGAAACGUAGAUUGGGACCUUCUCGAGCAGAAACAGGUGGUCCCUCCUUUCAAGCCCAACAUCUCAGGGGAAUUCGGAUUGGACAACUUUGACGCCCAGUUUACCAACGAGCCCAUCCAGCUCACGCCUGAUGAUGAUGAUGUGGUCAAGAAGAUCGACCAGUCUGAGUUUGAAGGAUUCGAGUACAUCAACCCACUCCUGAUGUCGGCGGAGGAGUGUGUGUGAGGGGACGUGACUUCUGUGCUCAUACACACCACACACCCUCCCACACACACACACACACACACACACACACACACACACACACACACACACACACACACACACACACUCACACACUCACUCAUGCACAUGUUACGUGGCGUCUCAGUGUCUUCAAGCUGCAUGGUUACGAGACAACCCGGCAACAUCAACCUUCUGUUCGAAGGCUGCACAUGCACAGUAGAACGCUUAUUUGCCAAAACCAGUCUCACACUCUGCCAUUUAUAACCACUUGCCCUUAAGCCUACUUUCUUUUCUCAUUAUUUUUAUAUCAUGUAAAUCUGCACUGAUAUUGAUUUUCUCAUCGGGGCCUCGUUAUUGGUAGCCAACAAGGUUACAAAGUUCUUCCAAGGUUGCUGUAUGUCGGGGGAUGAGGCGCAGCCCCCUGACGGAUGAACUGAACAUCCUUUCCUUCCAGCUGGUGGGGUGUUUUCAAUGCAUAUUUUAUUUGUACAUAUAUGAAUCUUCUAUAAAUAUUAGACCUUUUUAGCUUCAAGCCACAGUCGGACAAAACUGACAACUUAAUCACCUUAAAGACGUUUUGGAUUCAGCUUUGUCGCAACGGCCCUACUGUAGACGAAAGAAGAAUCAUAACACUAGCCUUUAAACAAACAAAAAGAUAAAAAAUCUAUAUAUUUUUCUCAUGUUUUAUUUAACAUCAUUAUAUAUGUUGUUCUAAUGUGUCACAUGUCCAGCCAGAGUAACAACCAAAAGGUUCAGGCUUUGUUGUUUAGAUGAAAACACAAAAACAUCUGGAAACCAGAAGGUGUCUACUUUGAGUCCCUUCUCCCCAGAAUGAAGGAACGUAUACAGCAGCAUCCAACCAACACUAAUAAUGAGUUAAUACUCUCAAACUGUGAAUGAAAGAGCCCACAAUGCAGGGAAAUGGGCCGAAAGAGAAGCACAUCAUACCUGAACGCUGGAGCGCAGGUUACAUUUUACUGUGCCGACUAUCCAUGAAAUAUGCAUUCACACGGGACCAAAAAACAUUUUAAUGUCUUUGCUGGUAUGAAUUAGAAGGUACAGUAUACAUACGGAUAUGUGCUGUCCCAGGUCAAAGAAUUUAUAUAUUCCGAUUUUUUUUGUUCAUUUUUAAUGAAAUGCUUUUCUGAAAUGAAUGGUCUGUCUUUUUUUUUUUUUUUGGUACUUUCUCCAUUCCAUGUACGUCUUUCAUUGUAAAUCAAAAUACGGAUUGUUUAAGCGAGAGAUUGGUCAGAAGACACAACACAGUAUUUACCUUAAACUGUGUUUGCUUUAUUUUUACCAUAUAUACCAUUACCCAAAUUAGAUAUAUUGUCAAACUGAUUUAAAGCACAUAAAGGCUACAUAAAGCCGUUCUCUACCCCGGACUGUAACGACAUUAAGUGAUGGUGAGUGAACCUCCAGACUGUGAAGCUUCUCACUACUUGGAAAAUGUUUUUGUGCUUCACGUGGUGACCAGAGGAACUCAUUCAUCUGUUACACAUGUUACUUUAGCUUUUUUCUUACUUUUUUGUGAAUCAGAUUGAAUUUUGAUUCUCUUUUUUUUGUUUUGUUAUCACUACAUUGAUUCCAAAAUGUUACUGGGUGAAUCCAAUGAAAACACUAUUUGUUGUAUUUGUUGUGUUUUGGGGAUGUUUACCACCCAGAGGACUCUGCUGACAUGUAUUCUUAGUGUGCAAAGAAAAAAAAAACACAGACGGUAAAAUAAACAUUUUAUUUCUCUC